AUGGAAAACGAGUUCAAUUUUCUUGAGAAAGAAAGUUUUUCAUUUAUUUCAAGUUCACGAGUUCCUCAUUUUGAGGCAAAGAAAAAAAAUUGGACGAAAACAAACGGGAAGAAAUGUUCCUUAUUUUCAUAUAUGGUAGACCGAAAUUGCCACAGGUCGCUGCAAUUACGUUUCAACAGCUUUACCCUCCUUGACGUUUUCACUGUUUGGAUGCCACCUAAAAGGAGGAAUCUUUUGGGACGGCGCACGGAGCAGCGAGGGCGAAUGAAACCCCUGAACAGACUUCUUUGCAUCUUUCACGGAUGGCCACGAGUUCAGCUGCUCGCCUAUCUACGGAAAGCGCCGCUGAGCGGACUGAAAGGUUGGCUUCAGCGGCUUCAACCAUGUCCUCACUCUGCACCAGGCCUUCAGUUGAAGAACGUUCACUUCAGAAUUCACAGGACGCACGUUGUCAUCGAUGCAGACAGACGGCUUCACAGUGAGCAUGAGCGUCACUUCAAUGCUCCUGCAUGUAAUGAAGUCGCUUCAGUCAUCCAUGGUGAGGAGUAUAACAGCUGUGACAUUGUCAUGAUACCAGGGCGGUGGUUUGCGCUGCAUCAGUGA